AACUCAUGAGUGACCAGAAGGCUGACCUUAAGGGGGACAAUAAAAGUGAAUCAAAGAGUAGCCCAAAGAGCGAUCAAAAGGAUAGCCCAAAGCUUGAGCAAAAGCUUGAACCUAAGCCUGAAAGAAAGAAAAGCCUCAGCUAUGAACAAGUUAAAGCCAAGGCACCAAGGAUUUUGGCUGAGAUGGUGCAGAUGCUUCUCACAUGGCAAAAAAUGGGCUUCCAUGUGCCACGAGGUGUCAGGAAUAUCUUUGAGUUCACAUGGGAUGAACUCAUGGUGUCACCGCCAAGGAAAUCCUUCACUGGUCUGUAUUGUCCAGUUGUCAAAUUCCUUCCUUUUGAAGAGCCUGACUUUUCCUCCACUCCGACAUCCAGAGCACAGAAGUCGACCCCUCCUGUCUCAAUGUUAAAGCCCAACCUUGUGACCCCUUCAUUUGAAAAUCAACAGAUACUCCUCAAGUUCCAAAAACGGUCAGUCUUUCUCUUGACUGAAUUGUUGAAGAUGAAGAUGAGGAUAAUGAUUGAUGCAAUUGCUGGCCCCAGCAGUGAAGAGAUUUCAAGGAUUCUCCUGGAAGCUGGUCGACAACUAUGUCCUAAAACCACAGAAGAAGCAAUUGAAAUCAUAGGCAAAGAACCAAGGAAGAAAGGACGUGGUAUGGCUCCAGCAUUACCUGUGGUCCAGAUCUCUUCCACCACCCAGCUUGUACAGCAAAUGUCAGUUUCCUGUCUUUGUUUUUCGUUAUCACUAAAAGACAGCAAGCAGCCAAAAGUUUCAGAGAAAAGUGGUAGCGCUGUUCGUGAGAAAGAAAGUUUACUGGAUAAAUUUGAUCCCUGCCCUUUAGCUAGGGAGAAGCUCCGAGAAAUUUGUAAACAUAUAGAAGAGGAGAACGCUGCGGCCAUAGCAAAGGGUCAUACAAGGGCCCUCAUACUGAGGAAUUAUAUCACUGUCCACAAGUCACCAUCCCAUGCUAUGAAAAGAGCUUCGGGUUCCCAAGUAGCUGCAGAGAUCAGACGUUCAAGGGCGAAGAAGAUGUACUUUCUCCUUCCAGAUGGAACAGCCACGAUGUAUUACCCAUCAGGAUGUAUUGCAAUGUGCCAGUUUCCCACGUGCUGUGGAGGAAGAGCAAUCACCCUUCUGUUUCAGGAUACUCCAAAUGAAGGACUUCUGGGUAUAUUAAUACCACCAGCACAUGCAUGUGUAUCCUACUCUUUUAAAUCCAACUGCUCAAUAGCACUGCUGAUGAAUCAUGAUGGAGGAAGUGUCAGAGAUAAAGAUGGUUUUCUAACCCAUCAGUGGAGCUGGUAUUCCAAAAACCAGGUCCUACAGUCAGUAGACUUUCAGAUAAAUGAGCAGCUGAAACUAAAGAUUCUUGGUCUCAAUUCCAUUACACUCACUUUUACCCCCCUCAGUGAAUGUAUCAACGUGCCUUUGACGAGACCUGGAUGCACUCACGUAACCAAGCAGUUGCCAUUAAGAAACCCUGAAAGCGAAGACAGGGAAGGACACUGGAUUCGAAGCUUAAUAGAACUUAAGCGAAGGUUUGAGAAGAGAGUGAAACAAUUCAUAAAUGGAGUUCUGAUGGUCUCAGGAAUAUGUUGCAUAGACUACCCACUUGAAUUUUCUACUGCUAAGCAAGUGAAGUUUAUGGUGAGGGAAUCGCCCAUUUAUGCCUGGAGUAGAAAACUCAAAGAAGAAACCCGUGGCUCUGCUGCAGAAGUCAAAGUGAAAGCAGACUCCAAGCCAGUUUUUUCACGGAGCCUUAUAUGUUAUCAACCUGUGAAGGAGAAACAAAAACCUGGCUUGAGGGCACUGCUGGUCUCACCUGAGGAUGCAGGCCCUGCACAGGAUACCUGGGCCUCUUCUCUUACUGACUGUCCAGUUGCGCUGCGCAAAAUUUUGGCUAAAGAAAGUGAAGGCAUUUGCUGCAAAUGUGUGGUUAAAAUUCCACUGAUUACAGAUAUGGAGUUGGAAAAGUUUAUCAAUGCUCCAAGAGACCCUCAUCAAGUACUUGUGAUAUGCAUACUGUCACCCCAAAACCAUUCUUACUCUCCUUUCUUUGAGUGGUCCAUAGAAAACAUUUAUAUACAAAAGCAGCAUGGUCGUCCAUCCCCCUGCAUUCAGAGUAAGCACGACCCUUUUCGGUUUCUGAGGUAUGACCUAGAGAGCCCUCUGAACAAGAAGCCUCCUCUUCUGGUGGAGAAACAUGCCGUUGUUCCUGGGAUGGUAGUGAUGUAUGCUGGAGGGAACCUACUCUUUGGGAGCAACAUUUUCAACGGAUACAACUACAGCAAGAGGGACCUGCUGAAGCAAAUCGAACAAGUUUGCAGUGCAUGCAAGAUGGGCCACUUCCUGCCACCAAGUUUCAAAUUUAGUCCCACUGCUGAACCUCCAAAGAUAGCGGUUAAAGUUGUAGAAAGGUUAGUACUUUUAAAAAUUAUUUAUUCAUAAUAAAGUAUACAGAUCACACACAAUUAACAUUAACAUAAAAUGUACAACCACCAAUUAGUGAUAUAUUUUUGUACAUUUAAUCUCUAUGUGCACUAGUACUCUUAAAUAGUGGUACCUGGCG